AUGGCCUUAGCUUUGCCUUCAGAUGACAUCGAGAAGCAGUCUGUAUUAAUUAUUGAUUCUUUUGGUAAAGUGCUAAGUUUACCAAUAAUGAAGGUAUCUAGCCCGAGAUUUCAAAAUGUGCCUUUUGUACCGAAGGAUUUCUUAAUGUCAGAAGUGGUGGACUGGGUAGAUGAGCCAAAAGAUAGGGGAUCUCUGGUGGCUGUUACCAGUUGUGGGUAUAUUUUGGGCCUUGUUUAUAGAAGACAUUGCACAUUUAGACAUGUGGAGAAUGGAAAUGUAAUUGGCAAGAUAUUGUUUUCGGAAAACGAACUGUAUGCUGGAGACAAGUUAUACAUAGUAGGUGGCGUAUUCCUAGAUAACAAUGCCAGUAUCUCAAGCAAUGUGUUUGUAAAAGAAUUUGUAGCGUGGAAUAAUAGCGGUGCUGCCGUUAUAUACCAGAUAUCAUACUUGAGCAAUAUAUUCAAGACUGAUCCUCUAUCACUAAUCCCAGCUGUAUUGCAUCCUUCUGAUGUUAGACUAUCCUUCUCCUUCGUAUCAUUAGAUAAGUAUCUGCUUCGAGUUGAAUCAAUUUGCUUGCCUGUCAAGGAACGUAAGUUUUGGAGACCUCGUGUUACUGUCUGGCUUUUGCCUGAGAAAAAUGGAGAUUUUGGGAAACUCCACUCAGAGUGUAAACUGUUUGGAAAAGGCGAUCUUUUUGCUGGCUGGACUACGAGCUCGUCUUCAUCUACAAAUGAGGGCCUAGAACAUGAAAAUCCUGAAGAAGGAACAAUUAUGACUGAUAAAAUGACUCAAUUAGAAAGUGGUUUAUCAGCAGGUGUCACAUAUGUGACUGACCGAGGAGGUCAACUAGUACUUUCUUCAAUGGUUAUAUCAGAAAACCACCCUGCCCCUUAUGCCAUUGUCUAUGGAUUUUGCAGUGGUGAUAUUGAAAUUGUUAGGUUUGACAUGUUCUUUCCAGAAAUUGCUUCACUUGUCCAGAGUUCGCAUCAUGAAGCCAAUUCUCAAGGCCAAAAGCAGCAUCUAUCUGGUCACAGAGGAGCAGUGUUAUGUUUAGCUUCACAUCAGAUGGUCAUUAGUUCUGGAGAAGGUAGUUUAAGACAAGUUCUGCUGUCAGGUAGCAUGGACUGUACAGUUCGUGUAUGGGAUCUUGACUCUGGUAGACCCAUAAUGGUGUUGCAUCAACACGUAGCUCCAGUACGGCAAAUUAUCCUUCCUCCAUCUAAAAGUGAGUACCCAUGGAGUGAUUGUUUUUUGACUGUUGGAGAUGAUUCGUGCAUCGCCCUUGUUUCACUUCAAACUAUGAGGGUCGAGAGAUUGUUUCCUGGACACAUGUACUUUCCAACAAAAGUCCUGUGGGAUGGUGUAAGAAACUAUAUAGCAUGUCUGUGUCUGCACCGCUCAUCAAAAGCUGAUGCACUCGAUUUUCUAUACAUUUGGGAUGUAAAGACGGGUGCUCGUGAGCGGGUUCUUCGUGGAGCUGCUGCUCACUCAAUGUUCGAUCAUUUCCUUAAAUCCAUCAAUGAAAGUUCUUUGUCUGGCACUUUGGUGAAUGGAAAUACUUCGGCUUCCUCUUUAAUUUUUCCAAUUGUUGAACAGUCAAAGCUUCCUCUAUCUAAUUCUGCAUUUUCUAGGAAGAGUAUUUCUCCAGGAAUAUCAACAGAAAGUAAAAUUGAUACAAAAGCAACGGGAUCAUUACAUGCUAUGAAGGGAUUUUUUGCUAAAUCAGUGUCCUUCCAAAGUGGCAUGCACCCGAUUACAAGCUGUUCUCCUUUUCCAGGAGUCUCAACAUUGUGUUUUGACCUAGAUUGCUUGAUGUCACUUUGUUCAUCGACUGGAUUGUCUGAAGACGAAAGCCACAUUGGUGAGAAACAUUUCAUGAAGGAAGCUGGAACUAGCAGGCCUAAAGGUGAUGCUUCUCAGAGGGCAAAUGCUCUUCUCGGUGAACCUGGUGGGGAAUUGCCUGGCCCUCAGAAUGUGAAUGGAAAAAGUGUUUCUGUUUCAGAUGGGCCAUCUGUUGUUACAUUGGAACAUAAUGACUGGGCCCACUCACUUGAUGGACGCCUUCUUCAAUUCAGCUUGUCUUUUCUGCACUUGUGGAACAUCGAUAAUGAGCUUGAUAACUUGCUAGUAACUGAAAUGAAGCUCAAACGACCAGAUUCUUUUGUGGUAUCAUCUGGUAUGUUGGGUGACAGGGGCUCAAUGACCAUCACAUUUCCAGGUUCUAGUUCAACUUUGGAGUUAUGGAGAUCUUCAUCUGAGUAUUCUGCUUUGAGAUCAUUAACAAUGGUGGCUCUUUCCCAGCAUUUGACCAGCUUAUCUCACUCUUGUUCUUCAGCAAGUAGAUCCUAG